AUGCCACUGCCGGACCUUCUGUUAAGAAUAAACGUAAGAAUAUAUGUAAUUCAUUAUCUGGUAGUAAUCAAUUACGAGAAAGACUUAACAGGACUACAAAAGAAAAAACUCUGUGAAAUGUUUAAUACGCGCUUAUAUCAAAAUCAAGAACUUGCGGAGAUAUUUUCAGUUAGUCCUUCUACAGUAACUUUAAUUGUCAGUGAAAAGGACAAAUGGUUAUCAUUGGAUGCCACCUCCCAAACAGCAAAAAUUAAGCGAAACAAAGUACCCAAAUUUCCAAAUCUAGAAAAAGCUCUGGAACUUCCAAAUAUCUCUCCUUCAGAAGAUCUUUGUGCAUUAGACACACUUGUAAUUUAUCUUGAUCAGAAUCAGACAGAUUACUCUAAUGAUACGAAAUCAGUAUUGCGUAAUUUACGUCGGGGUAUUGAUCGUCAACCCGUCGACUUCUAUCUUAUCGAGUUUGACUAUGUAUAA